AUGACUGUCACACAGAGACCGUGGUGGAAGGAUGGCGUCGUCUACCAGAUCUACCCAGCUUCCUUCAAAGACUCCAACGGCGAUGGUGUAGGUGAUUUCGAAGGCAUCAUAUCGGAGCUGGACUACAUCCGCUCAAUUGGUGUUGAUACAAUCUGGAUCUGCCCUAUGUUCGACAGCCCUCAAGUUGACAUGGGAUACGACAUCCGCAACUAUGAGGAUGUGUACGCUCCAUACGGCACGCUUCAGGAUAUGGAGAGGCUGAUCGCCGAGACACAUGCUCGUGGUAUGCGCAUCAUUCUGGACCUUGUGGUCAACCACACCUCCAACUUGCACCAAUGGUUUCUCGAGUCUCGCUCGUCGAAGGACAACCCCAAGCGUGACUGGUACAUCUGGCGUCCCGCUCGCUAUGAGAACGGCGUCCGUAAGCCUCCCAACAACUGGGUGUCAAACUUCACGGGUAGCGUUUGGGAGUGGGACGAGCAUACCGAGGAGUACUACCUCCAUCUUUUCUGCCCCGAACAGCCUGACCUGAACUGGGAGAAUGAGGAGACACGCAAAGCCAUCUACAGAUCCGCCAUGGAGUUCUGGCUUGAGCGUGGUGUAGACGGUUUCCGUGUCGACACAGUCAACAUGUACAGCAAAGGUGAAAUGCUCGAUGCUCCAGUUACAGACCCCGGAUCUGAGUGGCAAUUCGCUGGAUACCAGUACUGCAAUGGACCUAGGAUGAAGGAAUUCCUGGGUGAGAUGAACCAAAUCCUCAACAAAUACGAUGCCAUGACCGUGGGUGAAUGUCCACACACAAAGGACGUGGCACGUGUUCUCGAAUACGUCUCAGCGAAGGAAAAGCAACUGAACAUGGUUUUCCAAUUCGAUGUCGUCGAUGUCGGCCAGGGUCCUUACAAAUUCCAAACCACCCCACGUAACUGGGUCCUGCCUGAUUUCAAGAAGGCCAUCGCACGCACCCAGGACCUCAUCCGCGGCAACGAUGGCUGGACAACCGUAUUCCUGGAGAACCACGACCAAUCCCGCUCCAUCACACGCUUCACCUCCGAUGCGCCUGAGCACCGCGUUGCCGGCGGCAAGAUGCUCUGUCUGAUGAUGUGCGCGCUCUCUGGUACACUCUUCAUCUAUCAGGGUCAGGAAAUCGGCAUGACCAACUUCCCCAAGAGCUGGACCAUGGAUGAGUUCAAGGACGUCGAUUCAAGCAACUACUACAAGAUGGUUGCGCGCCGCACAAACAACGACCCCAAGGCGCUGGAAGCCGCACAUACAAGCCUACAGCACCUCGCUCGCGACCACUCGCGUGUACCCAUGUCGUGGUCUACAGGGCCAACAAACGGGUUCUCGCCUCCCAACGCACACGCAAAGCCGUGGAUGCGCCCGCUCGAAGACGCAGACGUGUGCAAUGCCAAGCAGCAACAAUCCGAUAAGAACUCCGUGCUCUCGUACUGGAAGCGCAUGCUAGCCGUUCGCAAACAGUACAACGAUCUGCUUGUGCAUGGCGAGUACGAUGAUCUGGACGUUGAGAACUUGGACUUCUACGCUUUCACCAAGACAUGGAAAGGCAAGAAGGCAUUUGUCAUUUGCAACUUCACGGAUAAGUCGCAGAAGUUGUUUGUUCCUAGCCAGCUUGGCAGUGUUGAGAGGGAACUGCUCAUCAGCAGUGUCAAUGAGCCGGUGGAGGAGGAGCUAGCUGCUUGGGAAGGUAGGAUCUAUUUGCUUGCAAACUAG